AUGACAACAAAAGAUUGGAAAGAAAUUGCAGCCUCCAAGCAACGCUCGGUGCUGAACGCCAUCCCUUUGAAAUGGACCGUUCUUGGAAUCAAGGAUGAUAUGAUAUCUAAAGGGUUCGUGAAAACAAGCGACUAUCUUGAUCUGAUACUUGGAGAAUUCGAGGUCUCCAUUACUAAGCAAAACGUUGCACAGCUUCAACAGGCAAUUGAGUCCAAGAAACUCACUGCAGUACAAGUCACUGAGGCUUUCUGCCAUCGUGCGGCUUUGACCCACCAAAUCGUCAACUGCUGCUCGGAGAUCUUCUUUGACGAAGCUAUCGAGAGAGCAAAUGAAUUGGAUGCUUAUUUGAAGGAAAACGGAAAGACAAUUGGACCUCUCCAUGGAAUUCCUAUCUCUCUUAAAGACCAGGUGGAUCUUCCAGGUAAAGACUCCUCCAUAGGUUUCUGCUCGCUAGUUGACCAUCCAAAGAGCGAGUACAGCUUGUUAGCAAAGAACUUACUGGAUCAGGGUGCCGUUUUCUACGUGAAAACUACCGUUCCCAUGGCCAUGAUGGCUCCAGAGACAGUGUCAAAUGUCUUUGGGUACACUUACAACUCAGUCAAUAUCAACUUGUCUGCUGGUGGCUCUUCUGGAGGUGAGGGGGCUUUAAUAGCCGCUGGAGCUUCUCCACUUGGCUUUGGAACCGAUAUUGGCGGCAGUAUUAGAAUUCCGUCAUCUUUCCAUGGGCUUUACGCCUUGAAACCAUCCAGCGGAAGAAUUUCAUACUUGAACGUCACUAACUCAGUCAGCGGUCAAGAAUGUAUGCCCUCCGUGAUUGGACCAAUGGGACGUUCGCUUGAAGACGUUACUGCCAUUACUCAGCUUGUGGUAAACUCUGAGCUUUGGAAAGUGGAUCCUAAGGUGUUGCCUGUGCCCUGGAAGAAUUUAGACUCCAUGAAAAACAAUAAGUUUGUGUUCGGAAUGUGGCGUUUCGAUACCAUGAUUACUCCCCAUCCGCCAGUUUUGCGUGCCUUGGAGGAAACUGCUCAGAAGUUGAGAUCUCAGGGCCAUGAGGUCAUUGACAUUGAACUUCCAGACCCCAGGGGAUUCAUGGACACUGCGAACAAAAUCUACGGUGCCGACUCCGGCUUUGAGCUUGCUUCAGAGUGCAGAAAGACCAACGAGCCUGUAGUUCCUGUGGUCAGAAAAUGUGUUUCGGAUGCUCUCACUGAAAUCCCAGCAACAGUCAACCAGUGGUGGGAUAUUUGCAAUGAAGCAUACCUGCAAAGGCAAGCGUUCCUUAAAUUUUGGGAGAAUACGGCGAAACUAUCGGUUUCUGGUAAACCCAUAGAUGCCAUCAUCAGUCCAGUAUGGCCUACAACAUCAAGUUUGCCAGAUGGCCCACCUACGAUUAACUACACAGCUCCAUUUAACCUCUGCGACUGUGCCAGUGUGGUUGUUCCAGUUACAAAUGUAUCUUCGGAACUCGACAAAAAGUCGACAAAUUUUGUCCCUGUAGACCAGGCGGACCAAAGUAUCCAGGACUCGUUUGAUGCAGAUCUCGUAGAUAACAUGCCUGUAUGUGUCCAGGUUGUCACCAAAAAGCUCGAAGAGGAAAAGGCACUUUUGUUGGCGGAGAUAUUAACACGAAACUAA